AUCGCUGGGAGAUCGUGAACGAUUUUAGUGGACAUUUGGUGGCUGUGUUUUAUGGUCGACGACGAAAGAGUUAGCCAAGUUAGUGGUCAAUACGAUUCGUUUGUGCUCGUUCUUUUUGUCGAAAUAUACCCGUACCAAAUGGCUUCGCUAUCAGUUCGAGGUUGUCAUAUAGAUUUCAUGGACGCCCUAAUGCCAACACAUGUGCAAAGCUAUAUCUAAACCACGUCUGUGUGCCGCGUAUGACUAUGCCGAAGGAAAUUCUUAAUCAUUUUCGGCUGAGUUUAGUGUGCAUAGGGCGGUACUCGCAGCGCAAUUUGAUUUUUAUAUACUUCUAAAAUCCAAACAAAAAUCAUGUCAUUGACCAAGGCGACGUCGAGGAAGGAUCUAUCGAGGGACUCGAACCAGAGCCACAUCCCCCCCAUACCAGCCAACCAGACGGCCAAGUCGACGACCAUAGUCAAGUAUGAGAAGUCCUCGUGCCUCUUCUGCAACGAAUGGUUCGAUGCCCAGACAUUCACGGAACACCUGAUCCACUGCGGCCAGGUGCUGGAGGAGUGUCCCAACGGCUGUCAGGCCUUCAUCCCGCGCAUCCGGAUGAGAUCGCACCAGAAGGAGUGCCCCCGAACGAGUCAGCAGAACCAGAGCCAGAACCACGUGAACAAUCGGAUGAGCGUCAGCAUGGACCGUUUGGAUCGACAGUCCGACCAGCGCCUCCUAGUCAUCGAGCAGGAUGUGGGCACCAUUCGAUCCGUUCUCAACGAGGAGAUCCGCCAGCGCCUGCACCUGAUCACCGAUGUGGGAAAUAUCCGGAAGCAGAACCAAGUCGUCGAGGACUGGACGCGCGACACCGAGAAGGCGAUGGACGAGCUGCGCCACCAGAUGGACGAGGAAACCAGGCGCAGGGUCUUUGCCAUCGAACAGAACCAGCUGGAUGUCCAGUACUGCUGUGAUAUCACCCAGUCGUUGAAGGAGCAAGUCGAGUUGAGGUUGGACGAGGCACAAAAGUUGGUUAAUCAACUCUCAGCGGACGUGACCGUUCACCAGAAUCAGCUGAAUGAUAAUAUCCUCAAGCUGGAAGAGCUGAUCUUCGAAAACGAGAGGCUGAACAGGGAAAAGUUCUUUCAGAUCGAGGAAUUUCUGCAGCAGAUUAAUGAGGACAUCAAAAACAAAUUGGGCAACAGUGAUUAUGUCACCUCGAAGCAGGCAACACUGGACUACGAGGUUAAGAAUGUUAAGAACAUUGUGUGCGAAACCGAAGAGCGUUGCGACAAAUUGGAUCGAGCCCUUCACCAGACCAUGCAGAAUUUAUCGGAUUUGGAGACCCAAAUGGCCAUGCAGCAGCGCAUCGCUAGUGUGCAGAAUAUAAGAGGCCACUUGAUUUGGCGCAUCAAGGACUACUCCAAGAAGUUGGACGAGUCGAAGCAGUACGACACCAUUCUCCACAGCUCCAUGUUCUCCAAUAAAGCAUUUAGCUAUGCUCUUCGGCUGGAUAUAUACUUGAACGGCAAGGGCACGUGGAAGGGACGGAACAUGAUCGCCUGCUUGAACGUCCUUUCCGGGGAGUACGAUCCCCUUUUGGCCUGGCCCUGCCGCCUCCAGGCCGAGAUCAUCAUCCGGGAUCAGUGCUCCAAUCCGGCGGAGGCCGAGGACUAUGUGAAAACCAUAUUUGUGCGCAAGAAGAGCGACGACUUCAUCCAGAGCAACCAGUACUUUCAUAUACCCCACAAGGUCAUCACCAGUCGCAACUAUCUUCGCAACGAUUCCAUGUUCAUUGAGGUGCGAGUCCUCAAGUGAUAUGCCCACUAUAUUGACAAGGAAAAAUUCCAUUGAUUUAAUGCAUACAUAUAUAUAAUAAUUUAUUCCAUUGAGAGCGAGCUAGAAGCCUAAAAAACCCGCUUACAAACACGAGUAGUGUAUAGUAGUGUGUAAGUGAAUACAAAUCGAUGCUUGGUUUUAAUAUGCA